AUGGAUGCCGAGACUAUGUCCAACAAGUCGACGCGCGUGGGGUACAAAAAGUCCCGAAACGGAUGCACGCGCUGCAAGAAGCGUCGUGUCAAGGCAUCUUGUGUCAGACACAAAGUCUGGUGCAGUCUCCAAUCGGCAGCAGAUCACCACGACACCCUCCCACCUACACGUUCCCUGCGACCGCCAAACCCCAGCGUAUCCGGCAACAGUCCUUCUUCUACUACUUCUUUACUUUCUGGCUCUUUGUUUUCCAAUCCUCUUGAGGAACCCGACUGCUGGGUGUCUACCGCCGAGCUCAUGCUGCACUACACCACCGUCACGUACAAGACCAUGGUCUUUUCUGACAACACCACGGCAACGUUUCAACAACGCAUGCCACAAGCAGCUCUCCCGUUUCCCUUCUUUCUUCGUCAAAUUCUUGCUUUUUCCGCCUACCACCUCGCUCAUCUUCACCCCGAGCGACGACAAUUCUAUCUCUUACAAGCUACCAAACACAUAAACGCUUCUAUACGAGGCAUCAGAGAAGCCCUCUCUGAGGAAGUCACCGCUAAAAAUUGCCACGCUUUGUACGGCAGUACGACCUUUGUCGUUGUCAAUAAAUUUGCUGCGUUUCCCAACUGCGACGCUUUUCGCAGUCAUGGGUGUUCUCUGCCAGUGCAGAGUCUGAUGGAGAUUUUCUCUCUAGUGAAUGGUAUGGAAGCUGUACUAAAUUCCCCAGGCGCUGCAGACCUUGCCCAUGGUCCUCUGCAAGAGCUCUUUUGCGAGACGACGCAAGUCCACCCGACAAGUCAUCUCCUCAACGGUCUCUCUGCACGAUUACCAGAUCUUGCGCGCAGGAUCUCGUCCGACUACAUGGAAGAGCAAUGCCGUACUGCGUUGAGUUCAGCGGUAGAGUCCAUCACCAGUUGUGUAAACGAUUCACUGCGAGAACUAAACAAAGCGUCGCCUCCAGAGUUGAGAAUUAUAUUCUGGUGGCCGAUGACUGUGUCGAGGGAUUUUCUAGAUCUAGCAGUAUCUGGCCAUCCAUUGGCUCUCGUUAUACUCGCUUACUAUGAUAUCCUGCUGUUUUGGGGUGAAUCGCAGUAUUGGUUCUUUCAGGACUGGGCGGAGAACCUUAUUACUGCGAUUGUGGACAAGGUGAGGGGAUCGCAGUGGGAGGAUUUGCUGGGUUGGCCGGUUGAGGUGAUACUCAAUAGUCAGUAG